AUGAACGUCGAAUCGAUGCGCGACUUCGACUACUCGAUGCGAAUGAAUGUAGCCAACAGUUUGCUCUGUGAAGACCAUUACCCCUCGUUGCUGGUGAAGCUUCAUCUUUCCAAACAUGAUGAGAUAGAGCGGCAGGUAAUGCUGGAAUUUAGUCGUGAACAGCUUACUCUUCUUCUACAAGACUUCAAGCACAUUUAUCAGGAGUUACAGAAAAGUUAG